UGUGUGUGUGUGUGUGUGUGUGUGUGUGUGUCUCUCUCUUUACAUUGGAUUUACUUUGAUGACAUUAAGCACAGGGAUGUUUCUCCGCCUUUGUUGAAUGCACCCACACUCCCCUGACCGUGGAAACCCGUUCUCAGGGAUAACUACACCACACCUGUCCAGCAUCUCAUUUGGAAAGAAAAAGCUAGACAAAGAUGUUGCUGAUGGAGACGACAGAUUGUUUAAAGAGAAUCUUUCUUCAAUGACAGGUAAAACAUGGGAAUGAUUUUAUUUAUUUUUAAAGUAUAUUCCCUGCUUUUUGCAUCUCGUUAUCAUCUAUGUUAACACUGUGGUGUACAAAUACAUUUCCACAGCCUGAAUCUUGCCUAUUAUGUACAUUUUUGGUGGUAACUUCUCUCAUUUUCUUCACAGCUGCUGGAGAGUUCAAAGUUUUGACUUGACUUCCUCACAGUGGAUCAUCAGGAUUCAGUAAAGGAAUUUCGCCACUAAGUAGCUGCUUUUGAAUUGUCCAGCAACAUUAGAUGACAGCUCAGUGAAUCUCAGACGGCUGGUGUUUUUGCUGAAGUGCCCAGAAAAUUAUCUUUAACAAUAAGCAACAGCUUCUACUAUAAAGUGGCACAGCCAUGGGCUUCUGUUCAUCUGCCGACAAGAUUUUGAGGAGAAUAAAGUACUAUGUGCUGCUUAUUCUCUCGCUGUCGGUCGUCGCAUGGAUAAUAAUCUUUCCAGGUGAAACUGUGAAAACGAUCUUGGUUUCUUCUGCCACGACACAAACUCUUGUUAAAGGAGACGGUCUUGGGGAUCAACUCCAUUCAAUGACAGGAGCGCCUGAUGACCUAAAUACUCCACCACAAAAGGUCGAUUGCCCCAAGGUCUCUCCUCUGCUGCAGGGAGCCAAGAACCUGUCCUUUGAGUCCUCUCUGACUCUGAACGAUGUGGUGACUGAAAAUGAAAAAGUGAGAGAGGGCGAGUACGAGCCCCCGGACUGUGCAGCGAGGCAGAGCGUGGCGAUCCUCAUCCCAUUUCGUAACCGGGAAAGACAUCUCGUCUACCUCCUGCAUCACUUGCACCCAUUUCUGCAGAGGCAGCAACUACACUACGCCAUUUAUGUCAUCCAUCAGGCUGGCAAUGUAACCUUUAACCGCGCCAAGUUACUAAACAUUGGAUACUUGGAGGCGUUGAAGGACUACAAUUGGGAGUGUUUCAUAUUCCAUGAUGUGGACCUUAUUCCAGAAAAUGAUCAUAACUUGUACGUCUGCGAGGACCAUCCCAAACACUUGAUGGGUGGCCGGAACUCAACAAGAUAUCAGUUGAGUUCCCCAUAUAACUUUGGAGGAGUCACUGCUUUGACCAGAGAACAGUUCUUUCAAGUGAACGGAUUCUCCAACUCAUACUGGGGUUGGGGCUGCGAGGAUGAUGAUCUUUAUGUCAGAGUUAAGCUGCAAAAAAUGAAGAUGGUGCGGGCUCCUAAAGAUAUAGCCCGAUAUAAAAUGGUGUUUCAUACCCGGGAUAAGGGCAAUGAAGUAAACAAAGACAGGAUUAAGCUGUUAAGACAAGCACCGAAGAAUUGGAGGAAUGACGGACUGAACAGCUGCUCCUAUCAGACUCUGUCAUUAGACAGACUUCCUCUUUAUGUGAACAUUACUGCGGACAUUGGUAAACCGUAGAGUUCACAUCUGAAACUGAAAAAUCUUGCUGUGACCAAAAAGUCCCAGUUCAGCAUACAAAGUUAAGUUCUUUCCACUGAGUUCAGAAAAGGUAGAAAACCUGUGUGUUCAUAUGUUGAUGACCUGAAGUUCCAUCCAUCCAUUUUCAGACCACUUUAUCCUGCUCAUUAGCCUCAUAAACCAGCCCGCCCACUCCUCAGCCACAUUUGGAUUUUGGAGCUGGGCUCAGUCUGGCACAAGCCCAUACAAACUUAGUGCAGGGGGUGUCGGUUACUCCUUUGACUGACAGUGUACUUCAGUCAAUCAGCGCUCCAAAAUAAAUACGUCAUCAAAAUGCGUUAGCUUAGCUAAGGGUUAGCUUCUCUUUAGCUCUAGCUUCUCCACACGCAAAGACAUGCGAAAAUGUCUUUUCCUGUUAGAAACUCACCUAGCGCAGACUCUUGCUCUUGCUCGAUUUUUGUAAUACUUAGAAUUUCGUUUUAACUUUACUUAUUGCAGCUUUCAGACGAUGAUUAAAGUUUAUCCCUGUAAUCUCCGCUACGCGCAGCGAUAGCGUCACUUCUGGAUUUUGCCACCAGAAUUCGCAAAAAAUAAUUGAAAACUAAAGCAGCAAUGCUGAUUGGCUCAGCCGUUACAUGGCUCCAUUGCAUUCUCUUUCUAUGGGCUCGUGCCCAGACUGAGCCCAGCUCCAAAAUCCAAAUGUGGAUGAGGAGUGGGCGGGGCUGGUUCACGAAGCUACCUGUUCAUGGCACUGGAACUCCACUGUUACAACUGUGGUCAUCUGUUGUGUAUAUUUAUGUAUCAGUUAUGUAUCAAUGUAGUUUUUUUUUUUCUUUCCGUGCUGUGUGUCUUCUGUUUCCCCGCAAUUCUGCAUGCAAAUUGCGCUGUGCUGUACCAGAGAGGGGACUGGCUGAUUGAGAGGAGACUGAGGACUGCUGGUCAGGUGUCAGAGACUCAGAGGGGUGGGCCAUCCUUUACUGCAUGCAAGCAGCCACAACUGCACAGCACAGAGCUCUGUGUGUCUUUGGGUGAGAGUUUGAGGUAUUGGAGUUUGUUGUUACCUUUUGGGUUUGUUUUCUGGGAGGCCAGACUGUGUGAUUCUGUUCUUGUUUAUUUUGAUAGGGUAAGUUUUGGAUAUGUAAGAAUACUGUGUAUUUUGGGGUUGUUUAGUUGCACUCACUCUUGCUUUAAUUGCUCCUUGUUUAAUCACUUUAUAUAAAUAAAAUAUUCCCUUUGUUUCU